UUAGAAAUGGCAGCCUCACCCAACGCAGCAAGGAAUCACAAAGAAACUUUAUUAUCUUGCUGUAUCAAAGCAUGAUGCAACAAAAGCAACGGCGACGUCGACGAAACGAGGAAAAUGCUAUGAAUGCCAGGAGCUAUGAUGCUUGCGACGAAAGCAAAUGUGUCUCGAGAGGUUUGAGUCAUCUUUACAAUUAUUCCUUUACUUGCUAUGGGGAUAAUAAGGACUUCCACAUGAUGUGUGYAGAUGGAUACCUACCACAAGUUGUGGAUGACGAAGACCUAGUUUUGACUGAGGGACUGAACGACGGAGCUCCUUUAUUGCUCAAUGUAUUCGGUAUUUGGGGUGCARKUGGAAGUGAUGAUUCGAACUUCCAGUAUUUCACGUGUUGUCCACCAGAUGAUCUUUCAGCUGAAACAAAAAAUGUUACCAGACAUUGUUCAGAUCCAAUUUUAGGUGAGACGGAGGGCGAUUCUAAUGCCACCUUCACUUGCGACGAGUACGAUAUCCAGYCGUAUCCCCGUAUGAUGAAASAGCCUAGAUUGUACGUGCAUCCCGAUGAUUGUUUUACGAACAAAUUCGAAGGAAAUCCCUAUAUGUGUUGCGAUGCCAGCGGAGCCGAAAAUGCAGAAAAAAUUCUGGAGGAUACUGAAUGUGUGCCAUACCGCACCGAGUCAUAUGACGAGGCAAAAGCGAUGAAUAGAUACGGCGGUAUUAUUCCAAUCACGUGUGACUUUCCAGACGGAGGAUUCAAAUUUCCUAGGUUCAUAGAAGAUGACGGCAGUACCCACCCAUCACAAUGGUUCCAUUACCAAUGUUGCAGAAGUGGACCUGCAAUUCCACCUUUCAUUCAUGAUUCUCCUUUCAAAUUAACAGUAUAUCCAAUACUUGUCUUGUCAGCUCUUGCAGCCAUUGGCUCCCUUCUUGUAAUCCUGGGAUUGACAAUUCCAUUGGUGAUCCAAUUGAGAACUGAGGCACACARAAAAUUGAAUCAGGUACGMGAUACUSGAGAUUCUGGACAGUCCGUAAUUAUACCACGUCUACCGGGACGAUCACGCGCAUCUUUAUACUCGACGACAAUAUGCUCUCAAAGUUCGGGACAACAAACAGCGAGGCAGUCACAGCAUAGAACCACAAGCUCCUAUUCGCGACAAUCACAGUWUUCAAGAUCACAGUAUUCAAGACCAUCAUACAGCUCCUACAAUUUAUAUCUGAUCUACUUGGCCAUACCCGAUCUCGCCAUGGCACUUUAUCAACUAUCCAUGUCUGCAAGCAUGAUCAACCAGAAGUUCAAUAUGAAAUUUCACAGCGUAGUUGUCUUUCCCUUGCUGCGCAUAUUUUCUCACGAAAUYGCAAUUAACCUGGCAUAUAUGAUCUCAGCUAUCCUCUAUAUCAAUGCCUUAAUGUCAUAUGAAGUGCUGGUAUUGUUACGCUCAUUUACUCAGGUCCGAAGGGUUCAGCCACCAAGUCUGACCAAGGUUACCCUGCAAGCAUUAUCCGUUUAUUGCUUUGCAAUAAUUAUGGKCGUCACAGAUUUCUUWGUCAGGAGAACGGCUGGUAGAGAAUUCCUCGACGGUAAUCUGCACCGAUCUCAGUCGCUCUUGGCUUGGGGAGGUCGCUAUGGGAUAACAAUACUGGUCAUGCCAAUUUUGUUUGUCAUGUGUGUGUGCAUCAUAAUUUUCUGGAAGGGUUAUUUGCCAGCUAUAAAAGGGAACAGUCCAAAAGAAAGGGCUCUGAGGGAGCUAGUUUGGUACUUCAUUCGUAUCGUUGCAGUCAUCUUUGGGAUCUGGUUACCAUUYAUAUUGCUGGGGGGCUGGACGCUAAUGAACCAAGGUGGCAUCGGAGACUCAUGGUAUUUGGCCCUCGUCCAAUUAUUGGGUCCUAUCGGCUCUCUGUUCACCACUUCUGUGAUACUGACCAAAUCUGAUGUAAGGGCGCACACCCUCAACCUGAUCACUCUCUCCUAUCUUCGUGAUUGCUUUCAUUCACGCUGUCGCGAAAACCGUGAACACGCAGAAGGAGGCMAGAAGAAAGAAGAGAACGAUCGAUCACAAAAAAAUCAACUGCCAUUGUCUUCUGAAAAUAGGAGAACCUACACAUACGAGGAUCCCUGCUCUUUAGAAUCUACCGAUAUGGUCACAUUGCAAGCGGUAGCUGAAGGCAGCGAUCCAAACAAAACCGAGGACUACAAUGCAUAGUAAAUAUUGUAUGACAAUAUUAUAAACAAAAUUAUACAUU